ACAAAAUGUCUUCUUAUCUUUAUUAUCGGGAAGCUAGCUGCAGGGAUACGUACCAAAGCUUGGAGUUCCGACUUUUUGAUCACCAAUGGAUGUCGACCUUGAUGUGAGUGAGCCGCGCCGUUAUUCUAUCAAAAGGAGCCUCACCCGCGCCGUGGGCCGGAAGACAUAGUAACCAGAGAUGUCUCCUAUAUGUGCCAAGCCCCCACAGCUGGCACUCCCUUUUCUUUAUCCUUUUUUGCUCCGAGCCAGCACGGCACAAACUCCGAGGGCAGCUUCGCCACUCCGGCAAUACCGUUACUACAUCACCGAGACGCCAGCUGCCGACAUAUCCUCGAGGCUCAACCCAGAUCCUGACGACUACUCAGCACCUCACUUCUCAGACAAGGCAAAAAUUACCAUUACUGCCGGCGCUGGUGGUAAUGGUUGUAUAUCUUUUCUGAGAGAGGCAUACGUCGAGGAAGGUCCCCCCAACGGCGGAGACGGCGGCCAUGGCGGCAACGUUUACAUCCAGGCUGUACACGGACAGACUUCUUUGCAUAAGCUGGCCAGAAAACGGUCGAUAAGGGCAGCUCCAGGGAAGCACGGGCAAGGAAGCUCCAAGACGGGCCAAAAGGGAGACGAUGUGGUAAUUCAGGUCCCCGUCGGCACCAUCGUCAGGGAGAUUUCGCGUCUCGACCCUGAGACGGAAGAUCGCAUGCUAGAAAAGGCACUAUACGGACGGAGACGAAGGCCUGCAGCGCCUGUAGCGCCCGUAGCGGAGGCUUCCGUAGAGGACGCUGCCGGGGAAGAAUUGGCCGAGGAGGAAGCGCCAUUGGACCCUUUCCGCCACAAAUGGUUACUCUACCCAGGCAUGAAUACUACAGAGCGGAAGAACCUUGAUCUUCCGCUGCGCCUACCUAAGAGGACAAGGUACUACUCGCAACCUGCAGCCCCGGUUCUUCUCGACCUGUCGCAACCAACUCGUAGGCCGAUCCUUCUGGCUGCAGGCGGAAUAGGGGGUCUGGGAAACCCGCACUUUCUAUCCAGGGAACGGCCGAAGCCGAUGUUUGCAACCAAGGGAGAACGGCCCAUGUCGAUGAAGCUGGAGCUGGAACUCAAACUUCUGGCCGACGUGGGGUUGGUAGGGCUACCCAACGCUGGAAAGAGUACCUUGGUGCGUGCUCUUUCCAACAGCAGAGCUCGAGUUGGUGCCUGGGCCUUUACGACGUUGAAGCCAAACAUCGGAACGGUCGUGUUGGACAACAACAAAGGAAAGCCGCUCGUCCGAAGCGUUCGCCGUGUGCCACGCCACAGCGAAGACAUGCCGUACGGGGCCGCUGGCGAGGACGACACUGAGGUUGUCCCGCGGACCCGGUUUACCGUUGCUGAUAUUCCUGGUCUGAUAGAAGGAGCCCAUCUCGACAAAGGUCUUGGUAUGGCGUUCCUACGCCACGUCGAGCGUGCCGGAGUGCUGGCCUUCGUCCUUGAUCUGAGCGCCGGUAAUGCGGUCAAGGCACUCAAGGCUCUUUGGCAUGAGGUCGGGCAGUACGCACAAAUGAAGGAGGAUGAGGAGAAAGACCGCGAGCGUGAUGCCAGGAUCGAAUGGAGCGAUGAUGGCGAGCCCAAGGAUGUCAGCAAUAUUAGCGGCUAUGGGUCGCCUCUCUCGGCUGACAGUCCUCCCGCACCUGAAGCCGUAUCUGGGCUACACAUUGCGUCAAAGCCCUGGUUUGUGGUCGCCACCAAGGCCGACUUGCCUUCAACCAAGGAAAAUUUCGAUGAGCUAAGAGGUUACCUGGCCAAGAUUACAGCAGGAGAGGAGUCACACCCCAGUGGCAUAGCAGGAGCUUGGAUAGACGACUGUGCGGCCAUACCGGUCAGCGCAAUCAAGGGCCAGGGUGUUGACCGGGUCAUCCACUGGACUGUAGGAUUAUUGGACGAGUAAAAGUGUUUAGAUAUGUGUAUGGUAUUGAUAGAUUGUGUAUAACUACUAGAAUAUGUGUAUUCAAGGGCUAUCUGGAUUAGUUCAGUUCAAUGUGACUCGCACGAUGAUUGCGAUGUCUUUGCCUG